AAUUAGGAAAUAGGGUUCUGAUUUCUCUCUCUUUCUCACCACCGUUCGCUCGCUCUCUCUCUCUGCCCUCUUCCGUUUCAAUCUCUCUCGGUCUCUCUCUGCAGCCGCCGGUCGCCAGUGGCCACGGCCUCGCCGCCUCGGACAUCUCCGUCAAGCGCUGCGAUUUGCAAGAGCCAAGCAGGCAGCACAGCAGCAGUGCGCCGCCCAGCCCUCGCCGGCUCGCCCCGCCCCGUCUCCUUCGAUUGAAAGCUGCAGCGCUGCCCUCACCUAUUCUUUCCCGCGCCCGCCUCCUUUGGCUUCGGUGCCUCCGUCCGGCGACUCCGCAGCAGCAGCCGUUUCCAACAAAAGAUUACACAUUCGUUAAAAGAUGGGUGUGUUUUGGCCGGAAAAUGGAUAGUAGAAUUUGAAGGAGAAAAGAUGGAAGGCGAAGAGGUGAAUAUCGAAGAAUUGACUGCCAACCUCUCUACUUACGAAGAUCAACUUCAGCAGGUGCGCAAACUAUUGAAUGAUGACCCGAAGAAUUCCGAGUUUUUGGACAUGGAGAAGGAACUUGUGGAGGUGAUUGCAUUAACAGAGGAGCUUCUGGAAACUGCAAAACAAAAUGAUGGUAGUUCUGAACUUGUUACUGGCGCUAGUGGUGAAGCAUCUCCUGAUCUGCAACUUUCUGGGAGCACCUUUGAUAAACCAAGAACUACCGCUAUUAAUGGUAAUAAAUUUCCUAUUGGCAUCAAAGUCCAAGCAGUCUGGAGCGAAGAUGGAGAGUGGUAUGACGCAACCAUUGAGGCUCAUACACCCAAUGGGUAUUAUGUCUGCUAUGAUGGAUGGGGUAACAAGGAAGAGGUGGAUCCUGAUAAUGUUAGACCUAUCCAAGAAGACACUGCAAACCCUUUGCUGGAAGCUGAAAAGAUUGCUGUGGCUACUAAAGAAGCCCUUAAACGGAAGAUUGCCCAAUCUGCUAGUAAAGAAUUCGAGACCUGGACUGUUCCUGCGAAACUUCAAAUUGAACCUAAUGAUCCUGAAGAUGUGAAAGCUGCAAAGCGUAAAAAGAUACAUGCAUUUAAGUCCAAAAUGCGCAUGGAAGCAAAAGAAGUUACACAAAAUAAGAGGCAGAAUGCCUGGCAGCAAUUCCAGACCACUAAAGGCAAAGCUAAAAAGGUUGGUUUCUUCUCCGGCCGAAAGCGCGAGAGCAUAUUCAAGUCUCCUGAUGAUCCAUUUGGGAAAGUUGGAGUGACUGGAAGUGGGAAAGGUUUGACAGAGUUUCAGAAAAGAGAAAAACAUUUACAUCUUAAAGGAGCAAAUAUGGAAAGUGCAGAUGAGUAAUGUAAACCAGUUAGAGUUCUCUUACUGUUGUGUAGAUUUUUAUGAGGAUUGUCUUUUCUAUGCAAAUUGUGAUUGCACUAGCAGAGCUAUAUAUGAAGAUGUUGGCUGCCUCAUGAUUGAAAUGUUUUCUAUA